UUCAGGUGAUUGCAUGAUCCAGACUGAUCGCCAUGGCUAACUGCAAAACCCCAGUGAGUAUCCUACAGGAACUCUGCGCCAAGAAGGGAGUGACACCGGUUUACGACACCAUUGGCCAGGAGGGGGCGUCCCACCAGCCAAAAUUCACCAUUCGCUGCACUGCGGGGGAUGUCGUUGGUAACGGGCAGGGGUCGAGCAAGAAGGUUGCCAAGCAGUCAGCAGCGGAGGACGUUCUUCAGCAGCUUGAUGUUGAAGUCCCUGCUGUGGAAGAUGAAGGAAGGUCUCUGAAAGACAACCCUGUGGGUGAGCUGCAGGAGUUGGUAACACUUCUAGGAUGGAGGAAGCCAGAAUACGACGCCUUGGAGGAGAGCGGACCACCACACAACAGACGUUUUGUCAUUGCCGUUUCCGUCGACAAGUACAAGGAGCAAGGUGUUGAUCAGAGUAAACGCCUUGCAAAACGAGCGGCUGCUACCACCAUGCUGGAAGUCCUUCAUAAGCUGCCCGCUGACAUCAACCCUGGCCUCAUCAACAGAAAGCCUAAGCAAAAGCACCCGAAGAUGCCUGGGCCUCAUCGACUUGCCAUCAAAAAUCUACCUCAAGCUGAAGGCAACUUCAUCCGUAGCCUCAAAAUGAACGCUCUCAAUUUCCCAGAUCCCUCCUACUCCAGCAUGCUCCAAGACCUUGGCCAGGAGCAAUCCUUCAAAGUGGAGCACGUCCCCAUCGAGGAGCAGACCAAGGCCGGCCACUACCAGUGCUUCGUCAGGCUCCACACCGCACCCGUCACCGUCUGCUUCGCCAACGGCCUCUCCCGCAACGACGCCAUGGAAACGGCAUCCCACAAUGCACUGCAGUACUUGAAGGUCAUGGCGACGAAAGUGCCUGCGCCGCCCAAGGCGAGUGCCGAGUCGAACGGACAGAUGCGCAUUAAAGCCGAACCCCGCUGAUAGAGGCUAUAAUGAUAUUUUGUUGCCUGGCCAAUGGAAGGGUGGAAGGAUGGGCAUGUGCGGCGAUUUUUCGAUUCCGGCACAGCUGGCAUGAGAGCAUUAGCUCAGUUGCGCACUACGCAAAAUGCCAAAUGUUCUUUGCAUAAGUGAGUUAACACCCUCCUGCUUGAAUAUCAGGAAUGGGAAUCGACGUACAUGUAUGCAUCCUAAUGCCCUCAUGUCAGUCAGGCAACAAUUUAUUCUGUACACUAACCCAAUUGUUUCCACCUAUAGUGUAUUUAAAGAGUCUACAAUGCGUAGGUCACUUCAUGGAACUUUAUAUAGGUUACAAAUACAAAAAAUAGCUAUUAAUAUUGGUAUUCUGACAAAUAAUUUACAAUUUCAGUGAUAUAUUGUUAUUUUGAUUUAUAAAUUAGACUAGGGAUUCCGCUGAAAAUGUAUUUUAAAACAACUGGAUUUCAAUUCAAUGUGAUGGGAAAUUUUGCAGUGUUCAAUAACCCACAGUGUAAGUUAUUAGAGUUCCAUGAAAUGGCACUGUAUCUCUCUCUCUCUCUUUUAAUGGAUCUACCAAAUGGUAUUCUUUUUUUUUUUUUUUGGAUAGACCACCAGAUACAUGUAUGUGCUUUCUAAAGCCUGCCUCAAACUAUGCAAUCUGCAUCGAGCACAUUUUUGUAUGUAUUGUAUUUAAUCUAAUGAAUUUUGUAAUUUUCAGAGCAAAGUACUACCAAGUUGUUGUAUGCAACAUUGUAGGUAGCUCGAAAAAUCAAUCCCAAAUCCAAAAUACCCACUUCCAGGUUGGCUGAAAUCAAGUUGCGUUUAAAAUUUGGUUUUGCGUUUGGUUGUAACUCUUUGUGCUGCAGAUUGCUUAGUAUGAGGCAGGCUUUGCACGGUUCCAUGACAUUUGGUCCUGCGACAAUUGCUCUGCUCUGAAUCCACACACUAAUUGAAUGACCAACUUCAACCCUGGGUUUACACACUAUACCCUCUCAUGAACCUAACAUAAAACCCUAUUGCGAUCCUAACCCUAACCCUACAUCUUAGAUGAUAUUAAGCCGAGAGCAAUUGUUGUAGGAGCAAAUGUCGUGUGACCGGCUUAUAGAAUGCAUCUUUUUUAAAUCCAUGAAAAAGUUUGGUCUGGCAGAAGAAAUGUUUGAGAUAUUGUUAUUUGUACAUUUUGUGUAUAGAAAUAAGGAUGUCAAAUGUUGGAAAUUAUGAUGUAAAAUGUUAGCUGGUGUCUUUUCUUUUUUAGCCAGGCAGAAGGUCCCAAAUGUAGUCUGCUCGAAUAUUUUUUUUUAUGGUUGGGGGCCUUGAAUGUUGGUUUGAUAAUGUUUUAGAAAUUGAAAUUGAUAUAAAUGUAUAUUGCUUCAUUUUGAGGAAAUGAAUUCCUCUGACAUAUCAAAAAUUCAUGACGGAAUAAUUUUUCUCUGAUUAAUUAAUAUUUCUAUAGAAAAAAAGGUGCUUUGUAAUGUACAUUUUUUCACGUGGUGAGGUUGAGGUACAUUUGCGGUUUAGACCUCUAAGAGAAAAUGACAGCAUAAAUUCGAAGAGGUAAUGGAAAAAAAAUUACGAUAUCUAUAAUGUAUUAUACUGUUUGUUAUUGGCUAUUCUCACUUUUUUUUUAUCGUACCCUUUCUUUUUAUAAAAUUACAGAAUAUUGAUUAGUGAUCUUCAGGAUUUUUCCCUUUUUUUUUUUUUUUUUAUACAUUUGAUUGUACAAUUAAUGGUUUGAAUUACAUGUGCAUAUCAAGGGUAUACUAACAGGAGGAGGAUAAGUUACUUUUUAACAAAGUUUUAAAAUAUUUUUAAAUCAAAUUUUAAAGCAACUUCUGCAGAUACUGAAAAUCAUGAAGCCAUAUCUUCAUUCAGCUUCCAAUCACUGGCGAAGCAAAUCAACUAGAUCACCAAAAUCAUGAAGUAUCUCUAAACUAAAAAAAUAAAUGUUUGCGUUAAUGCCUUCUGGAUGUCAAUAACCCAUCUGUGUGUUUCCAGAAUCGGACUAUUUAACUCUGAUUAUUUGUUUUCUAUUGUAUUUUGUAAGCAGCUGUUUUGCACGACUGCUGGUUAUGUUUUCAUUUUCGUUUUUGUUUUUAAUGCAAAGAGUUUGGAGCCGAGGAGAGUGUUUCAUAAAGCUGUUCGUAAGUUAAGCACGACUGGUGAACCUUUCUUAUGUGCCAUAAUCACCAAUGAACACUUAAAGGUGAAUAUCAUUUACCACAAGAAAGGAUCUUCAGUCGUUCUUGAAGUCGUUCUUAACUUACGAACAGCUUUAUGAAAUGGGCCCCUUUAACAAAAAGGUUUGUGAUGAAUUUUAAAUAUGAAACAACUACUCUGAUGGUUUCCUGGGCCCCGUCUUACAAAGAGUUACGAUUGAUCCGAUCAGUCUCAAGUAUAUGGAAAUCCAUAAAUGUUAUAACUUUUUCUUCCGGAAAAUUGCUCAAUGUCCUUUGAAAACAGAGAGAAGCAUACUGAAAUGUCAAGAAAUCAGUGUAUGUAUGAGUAUACGUCAUUUCUAGAAAAUAUUUUGGACAAACAUGUAUUUUAGAUGUUGACGUUGCUGGUUUUCCAUAGUUACGAUUGAUCGGAUCAACCAUAACUCUUUGUAAGACGGGGCCCUUGGUCAGAGUUUUGAAUAAAGUACACAUCACACUCGGUGAUUGCAACCCUCUAUGUAACGGAGCCCUGGAAUAAAACUUUUGAAAUCUCACAAUGCAUCUGUUGCUCGUAUUUAAUAAUAAUAAUAGUCAGUUCUUGUAUAGCGCAUAGCACAUAAAUAACGUCUCUAUGCUCUUCCAAAGGACUUGGAUAUUGUUACAAAAAAAAUUGUAUUUGACAUGUAUAUAAUUGUAUAUUCAGUACAAAAAAUCAGUGUCUAUCAUUUGUUUGUUCUAGGAGCAGAAAUACCUCUCGUCAUAUACUUACAAGUGAAUCAGAAUAAUGAGAUUUAAAGGGACACACACUUGGGAGUGAAGAAAGCAUCACAUCAUUAUCAUCACUAUUUAUGUAUAUUUGCAGUACUGGCAGCUUAUUCGGUGAAUUUCCAGGAAACAGAGCAUACCUAAUCAUUUUGUUUGUUUGUUUUUUGUACAAUUUUAUAGCAGUUUGUAUGCAGAAACAGUCUCUGCCCAGUAGCAUGUAUUUGGUUUAGAAAUGUCAGUACAUGUUUCUUGUCAGUAUUCGUGUGGUGUAUGGAGAGGGAGUUCCAAAGACUUCAACUUUUGUAUUCAUCUUUUUUUUUUUCCUGUACAUGUGAAUGUCGAAUUCAGCUCAGAACGCUUUAAACAGAAUAUCACGUCCUUUUUAAACUAUUUUACUGAGCAAUACAAAGGAAUAGCACCCUAGAAAUAUGAAAAUCAUGAUGCCUAUAUAAUUGAACAAGUUUAUAUGUGUGUGGCUCUAUAAUGUUCAUUGUAAUUGUACACAAGGAAUACAAUAUUACUUUAACAAGUCUGUUACAGACUUAAAACAUAUACAUACCUCAAUCAAAAUUGACAUGUAAUUUGGACACUUUUUUCACCAUAAUUGAUCAUGUACUAGAAAAAAAUUGAGUUUUUCCUUGUUUUCACAGGAUGUAUACUAUUUUACUUAUUUUUACAACCCCCAUAUAAACAAAUAUGUAUUUACCUUUUUAUUGAGUGUUAAUACUUUAAAAGUGAAAUAAUUUAUCUUCUACCAUGCUGUGUUACAAUGCUCUCAAUAUGAUAUAGUUACAUGUAUAUCAUAUAUUUUUAUUUCUGCUAACAUGACAGCUGAUUGAAAAUUACUGGACAGUGUCAUUUACUAUUAUUAUUUUGAAUAAUCAGAUAUUGCUCCAUUGGGCAUGAGUUAAUCACUCUAUUAAUACAAGGAAAUACAUUGAACACUUUGAAAGUCAAGUUAUUAUAUACUGUAUUUGUUUUAGAUACAGUUUGAUACAUCAGCCUUACUUCUCAUAUUAGUGACCUGCAGUGUAAUUAUUAAGUUUAAGGCUGCAUUCAUAUUCUUAUUUUUAUGUUUUGACGGCCAUUCACAAAUUAACCUCUCAGAAUGUGACUGAAACUGGAGUUUCAUUAUGUUUGUGUAAAUUUAUCUCCUAUUGUGUCAUGGAAUAUUUGGCAUAUUUUUAUAUUUUGCCCCCCCCCCCUGUACCUUGAUGAAAUGAGAUAUUUGCAUUUCUUCCUUUUUUCCCCCUUUAUUUAUGUGGUUUUUUUUUACUCCCGAUGAUGUGUACAAUUAGAAUGGCAAAGGAAGUGAAUUAAAAAAAAAUGAAUAAAAUUUUGAAAAACCACCACUGCUUUGGAACUAGCAGGUAUUUAUGAA